AUGGAAAUUAAUGUCCAGUAUAGAGCCCACGAUUCCAUUUGCGAGUCGUUUUUAAGAGUAUUCCCGCAUCUUUUUAACAAAAACAACCAGCCUGACAAACACCGCCACCACCACCACCACCAAAACAACAACACACACGGUCGCACCACAUCUUCCCUCCCCACUCUCACCGCCGCCGCCAAUCACCGCCUCUCGCCGCCACCAAUGUUGCCCUACAAAACAAUCCAAGAAGCGGAGACCGCAAUCGGCCGCCCCCUCACCGCCACAGAAACACUGUGGUUCCAUUACUCCGCCACCAAAUCCGACUACUUCCUCUACUGCCACAACAUUCUUUUCCUCUUCCUCGUCUUCUCUCUUACCCCUCUCUUCUACCACCUCCUCGAGCUCACCUACUCCAAAAUCCACAGAUUCAAAAUCCAACCCAAAAUCAAACUCUCCUUCUCCCAAUCCCUCAAUUGCUACCUCGCCGUAAUGCGCAUGUUCUUCCUCGUCGUCGGGCCUCUCCAACUCCUCUCCUACCCUUCCAUCCAAUUGAUUGGGAUUAGGACGAAUUUGCCUCUACCAUCAAUGGGUGAAAUUGUAGCGCAAUUGGUGGUUUACUUUGUAAUUGAAGACUAUACAAACUACUGGAUGCACAGAUUUCUGCAUUGUAAAUGGGGGUUCGAGAAGAUUCAUAGGGUUCAUCACGAGUAUACAGCGCCGAUCGGGUUUGCGGCGCCGUACGCGCACUGGGCGGAGGUUUUGAUCCUCGGGAUUCCAUCUUUUCUGGGUCCCGCCAUUGCCCCGGGUCACAUGGUCACGUUCUGGUUGUGGAUUGCUUUGAGGCAGAUUGAGGCCAUUGAGACUCACAGCGGAUAUGACUUUCCUUGGGCUCCCACAAAAUAUAUCCCAUUUUAUGGUGGUGCAGAAUACCAUGAUUAUCAUCAUUAUGUUGGUGGACAAAGCCAGAGCAACUUUGCUUCAGUGUUCACAUACUGUGAUUACAUCUAUGGAACUGACAAGGGCUAUCGGUAUCAAAAGAAACUCCUCAACCAGGUAAAAGCUGCAGUCAAUUGUCUUUUUACUUGUUUGAAAGAGGGAGUAAAAAGCAGUGGGCUACAAAAUGGAGGCUCAUACAACAUCUCUACUGUAGAUCUGAAAUCAAACUAGCUUUCGAACUUCAGGACAAUUCACUGAAUGUUGCUUGGGCUGGUAUGCUCUUAAUGGUGACAACUCUUUGGAACCCCAUGUUCAAGUUGACUCAUUCGUUGUUCCUUCUGUACUAGUCUGGUGAUUAAGAAAUUGUUAGCAGUUCAUGUGGGGGAUUAACUUGGGGUGUUUUAAAUUUGUGCUCGUGUAGUUUGAGGUCAGGAUUUUAAAUACUCAGUGUCUAGAUUUAGAACCUGAACUCUUGUUUUUCUGACUGUAUGUUCAAAUCGAAUCAUAUGAUUUAGGCCCAAAGGUUGUGUUUGUGAAUUUUGGGAUGAGUCGUGAUCUGUAACUUGAGUUAAACAAUGAAAAGUGUCAAACACUUGAUGUGGUUUUUGAACUAUUGUCAGUUUCAUUCUUUGAAUGUUAAGAAUUAUGUUAUAUAUAUAUAUAUAUAUAUAAGAAUUGUGUUGUAA